AUGGUGAGCCCGGGGCGGCCGCUCCCCGCGGGGACCCGGCAGGCGGCCUCGCUACUCCGCCUCGGCCUCCUCCUCCUGCCGCCGCUGCUGCGGGGCUCCGGAGCACAGAAAGGUGAUGGAUGUGGACACACCGUUCUGGGUCCUGAAAGUGGAACUCUUGCUUCAAUAAACUACCCACAGACCUCUCCUAAUAGCACAGUCUGUGAAUGGGAAAUUCGUGUAAAGCCUGGGCAGCUAAUUCAGCUCAAAUUUGGUGAUUUAGAUAUUGAUGACUCAGAUUCUUGUCAUUCCAGUUACUUGAGAGUUCACAAUGGGAUUGGCCCCACCAGGACAGAGAUAGGAAAGUACUGUGGAUUUGGCUUUCAAAUGGAUGGUUUAAUAACUUCAAGAAGCAAUGAAGUCACAGUGCAGUUCAUGAGUGGGGUACACACUUCGGGGCGUGGAUUUCUUGCAGCUUACUCAACCACUGACAAAUCAGACCUAAUUACCUGUUUGGACAACGCAAGUCAUUUUUCUGAACCAGAAUUCAAUAAGUAUUGCCCAGCUGGAUGUGUGAUUCCUUUUGCUGAUAUUUCAGGCACUAUUCCCCAUGGAUACAGAGAUUCGUCAUCACUUUGCAUGGCUGGUGUUCAUGCAGGCGUCGUAUCAAAUACUCUGGGUGGCCAAAUUAACGUUGUAAUCAGCAAAGGCAUUCCAUACUAUGAGGGCUCCCUGGCUAACAAUGUCACCUCAAAAAUGGGACCAUUAUCUACAAGUCUCUUCACCUUUAAGACUAGCGGUUGCUAUGGGACGCUGGGAAUGGAAUCGGGGGUAAUCUCUGAUUCCCAGAUUACGGCUUCAUCUAUUCUUGAGUGGCCUGACCAAACAGGACGAGUGAACACUUGGAAACCUGAAAAUGCCAGACUGAAAAGGCACGGGCCUCCUUGGGCUGCUUUGGACAGUGAUGAACGUCAGUGGCUGCAGAUAGACUUGAAUAAAGAAAAGAGAAUUACAGGUAUUAUAACUACUGGAUCAACCUUAGCAGAGUACUACUAUUAUGUCUCAUCCUACAGAAUUUUAUAUAGUGAUGAUGCACAAAAGUGGACAGUAUACAGAGAACCUGGCAUUGAUAAAGAUAAGGUAUUUCAAGGGAACACUGAAUUGUACCAGGAAGUUCGCAAUAAUUUUAUCCCACCUAUUAUUGCACGAUUUGUUAGGAUUAACCCCUUAAAAUGGCACCAGAAAAUUGCAAUGAAAGUAGAACUGCUAGGAUGUCAGUUCAGUAUAGUCCGUGCUCCCAAAAUCUCCAUGCUGCCUCCCCCACCGCCUCAGGACAACACCAACAAGGUUGAUGACAUCAGUGAGGACUUCAUCCAUUCGGUGAAGACUUCGUUGCAGACAGAUAAAACGACUUUCACACCUGAAAUAAAAAACACCACAGUGACUCCAAGCGUAACCAAAGAUGUGGCGUUGGCAGCAGUUCUGGUUCCAGUGCUGGUGAUGGUCUUCACUACGCUGAUUCUUAUCUUAGUUUGUGCGUGGCAUUGGAGAAACCGCAAGAAAAAAACUGAGGGCACCUAUGAUCUACCUUACUGGGAUCGUGCAGGGUGGUGGAAAGGAAUGAAGCAGUUUCUCCCUACCAAAUCAGCAGAACAUGAAGAAACUCCUGUACGCUACAGCAGCAGUGAAAUUGGCCGCCUCAGACCAAGAGAAGUUCCAACAGUGCUGCAGACAGAAUCUGCAGAGUAUGCUCAGCCUCUGGUCGGCGGCAUUGUCGGCUCGCUUCAUCAGAGAUCAACCUUCAAACCAGAGGAAGGAAAAGAAGCAAGUUAUGCUGAUUUGGACCCUUACAAUUCACCUAUACAAGAAGUUUAUCAUGCCUAUGCUGAACCACUGCCUAUAACUGGACCAGAAUACGCAACUCCAAUAGUCAUGGACAUGUCCAGUCAUCCCAGCACACCUCUUGGCGUUCCUUCUAUUUCCACCUUCAAAGCAGCAGGGAAUCAAGCUCCUUCACUGGUGGGAACUUACAAUAAGCUCUUGUCCAGGACAGACAGCGUGUCCUCAGCACAGGCACUGUAUGACACACCAAAGGGACAGCUGGGGCCAGGCACUGCUGACGAGUUGGUGUACCAGGUACCGCAGAGCACAGCCCAUUCCAUCAGCAGUAAAGAUGAACCAAGUUAGCUCAUGUAUAAGGUACAUAAGGUAGGAUGAUGGCAAACACGGCUUGUUUUUAAAAGCCGGUUUCGUAAAGCUGACGGAUUCAUUUUUUAAUCACACUGUUUUGAUAACUGUUAAUCUUAAGUAAUACAGUGUUGAGCCAAAAGAUGUAUUAUUGGAAAUCUGGGAAACCAGUCAUUCUGCCUUUUCUUAAGCUGCAUUUAUAAUUGGGAGCUCUGUUGUUGUUUUUUUUUUCACUACUGUACAGUUAUCUGUCAGGCAUGACAGAAGGUCGCUUCAAGAUUAGCUUCAGAAAGUCAUAGAUGUGAAUGAAAUUUGGAGAAACAACUGUUGAAAGUAUGAAAGAUGGUAUUUUUUUUGCUAAUGGUACUAUUUCUGGGGAAAAAUAAUAAUCCACAAUCAAAACUUCAGACUUUCAAAAAGCUGUAGGCGCUGGCAUGAGUUGCCCAGAGAGUGGAUGGUGGAUGCCCCAUCUCUGGUGACAUUUAAGGUCAGGUUAGAGGGGCUCUGAGCAACCUGAUCGAGCUGUAGGUUCUCCUGUUCACUGCAGGGAGAUGGACCAGAUGAGUGAUGAGGGUCCCUUCCACUGAAACAAUUCUACUGUUCUACGAUACAUAGGUACUACAGCGUCUAAAAUUCAUUUUACCCUAUAAAACGUGUGUACAGCCUUGAACUUCCAUUAACUUCAUGACAUAAAAAUAGUCAUGAUUGUAAAUUAUGUUAAUUUUGGCUUUUGUUCACAGGACUGGGAAUCAUGAGCUAUGUGUUCCUUAGAAGUUUCCUAUCAUUUCUGUUAGCCUUCUCAAACUAGAAUUUGCUGUCUGUACAACCCAUUUUCUUUUCUGCCUCAUGUCUUAAGCCACUCAGCCUUUGUGUCCUGGUAGGGAUGCAGCAGGUACAGUCUGAAGUCUUACAAGCAAAUUACUUUGAAACUGCUUUCAUUUAUUCCCUGCUGAGUAAAGGCUGCUCUGACUGGUGUCUGCCUUCAGUUAAACUUCUGCAAGAAGCAUGCAGGCAUUCAAAGUGACUGAGAUGUUCCCUCUCCCACAGCAGUAUCUAGUGUUGUAGAUUACGAGGUGAGCAUAUUCAAAGAAAGAUAUGUACAUACUUUUGCGAGUGCUUGAAGAAGCACACAAAUAUUCUAAGGGUGCAUAGUUUGUGUAAAUACAUGCAUUUAGCACAUAUGGUACUUUUAGCACAAUUGGAAAUCUUUGGUCCUAGAGCUUUUCUUAUGAUUGUUUUUAUUAAAGAUCUUGGACUCUUUAAUGCUUUUUACUGAGAACAAUUGCUGUCCCAAAGAGUGUCAUUUUAGAAGCAUUUAAUUGAAUUUAUAUCUUUUGAAUGUUCCAGUUUUCUCUGCAAUGAAACAUGGCAGUCAGUCUUCUACUGAAGAUUGGGUAGACUAGUUUUAUCUCAGUAAUCACAAAACGAGAACCAUUUGGAUGUUGUAUUUGCCACUUUUUUUUUCUUUAACCUUGUUAGAAACAAAGCACAGCUUUUUUAUCUUAAGUAGUAGAAAAGAAUUCUUAAAUAGCUUUAUUUUUAUUGUAACAGCACUGGUGGGAGGAUGCUGAAUUAAUUUAUAAAUGUGAAAAUCCCUAGCUACACAUUAGCCCAGUUUUAUGGACUGUAAUGGUUACCGUUUGCUUCUGUAACAUAAUUUGUCAGCUUUGGUGUUGCCCAUGGGCCUGACACGAGGUGGCUCCCAUCCCCAUCGAAGCCAAAGUCAUGUACAAGAGAACAGCUACUGCACACUUGUACUGAGCACGUGAGUCUUUUUGCAGAGGCUUUAUAUAACGCUGUGAACCAGCACUUCUCGUGGUCUAUCCACCGCCUAGAACAUUGCCACCUACACUCUGCUGCCUUAAAACUCAAUUCUAUAUUGUUCUGAUUGUAAGAAUGGGAAUGUUUUUUAGAAUUGGGAGCCUAAGCUCUCAAGUGCUCUUGCCUCACAGCAGUUAUAACUUUGACAUUAUGGCAUUUUAUUUGUAAGGGCUGAAAGGCUGGUUGGUUGCACCGAGCUGUGACAUACGUAUUCCAAUUCACUUGAAGAAACUUUUGAACGUUUAGUCUUUGAAACAAAAAUAUCUGCGUGGAUCACACCGAUUUAAGUAAUCCAGUAAAAUUAAUAAACAGUGUUGGAAAUCUGCAUUUUAUUUUUAUUGUAGGCCAGGUAUAGCGUAACAAUAGGUGCAACUGUAGGCUAAGGCAGUGUAGAGAGUGGGUUUUGUUCAAGCAGCCAUGAUGCAGUUUCAUUAUCUGAGCAGCAUGAGUUAAGAAUGGAGUUAGAUCCUCUUUAUGAAAGAAAACGGCCUCAUGCUUUGCUCACUGCUUUCAACAUUUACAUUGUAAGUUGGAAUUUCUCAUAGUUGGGUUUAAAGUGUAUGCUGCAAACUGUUAAACAUCAACUCCCAGAUGUAAACUGUGUGACAGACCUAAGAGUGAUGUUCUCCCAUGUACAAUGCAAGCAGAGGUACAAUUAAUGGGUCUCAUUUUUACAUGUGAAGCUCUAUGGAUAUAAAAUGUAUUUCAGCCUUCUUUGGCUUGAUUAUGUUCUUACCUCAGCAUGUAGCGUAGUUGCUCAGUAUCUGUAUAUGUUGCUAGAAAUUAGACUGUAUAAAUAGUGAGGUUUUUUAAUGUAUGUUAAAAAGUAUUUUAAAUAAAUUGUACAUACCUAGUA